UCCUAAUCAGAUUCCUCUGCAACAGAAAGAGCCAGACAUGGAUCCUAAGUGUGAUCCCAAAAAUCCUGAUUUUGAUCCCAUUCAGGCUAUGGAAUGGAAAGAUGGAGUUGCUACUUUACCUGGUAGCAAUUUGAAGUUUAAAUUGAAUGAAUUUGGAACUCUAGAGAUGAUCACAGAAGAUUUCUGCAAUUUAUCGUCUGCCAUAGCUCGUACUGUCAAAGAUGAAUGCACUACGGACCUCUGAAGAUGCUUCAUCGGAAGGCAGGCAGAAAACAACGAAGUUCAAAGAGAUGUAUCAAGAUGAAAAUAACAUUGAAAAAUGUACUCAAAAUGGCCCAAAGGAUCCUAACAUGUCUGAGGAGUUAUGCCGGUGUGAGAAUUGUGAUUGCUUUGGUCUUAAAGUUGAAUUUUGUAAGUCUGGAAGAUUUUGCAGUCAGUCAUGUGUGUCAUCAUAUGCUAACAAACGAAAUGCUUGGUUAAAAAGAGGAGCUGCAAGAGAAAAAAUCAAAAAGAAAAAGUUAAAAGUAGAACAAAAUGAGGAAAAUUCUCACACGGAGAUCAAAAGUGAAGAAACUGGCUCGGAAGAAUCGACAGAAACAAAGAAAGAAAUUCCUGAACCCAAAAAAGGAGACUUUUCAUGGGAUGAAUAUUUAAAGCAAGAAAAUGCUGUUGCUGCUCCUGUUAAAUGCUUCAAAGAUAGUCAGGCGUUCCCGACCGAGAAGAAUGAAUUUGAAGUUGGGAUGAAGUUGGAAGGAAUUGAUCCUAAACAUCCAUCUCUGUUUUGUGUGCUUACAGUGAGUGAGAUAAGAGGAUAUAGGAUACGUCUGCAUUUUGACGGAUAUUCUGAGUGUUACGACUUUUGGAUGAAUGCGGAUUCUCCCGACAUUUUCCCUGUUGGUUGGUGUGAGAAAACGGAUCAUAAACUUCAACCACCUAAAGGUUUUACACCUCAGGAGUUCAAUUGGGAUAGUUAUCUCAAAUUAUCUAAAGCAAAAGCAGCUCCCAAGCACCUUUUUUCUUGCAAACAAUCACAGAACCCAAACCCUAACUUCAAGCGUGGAAUGAAACUGGAAGCUGUUGAUAAAAAGAAUUCAUCAUUGGUUUGUGUAGCUACGAUAACAGAUGUCAUGGAUGUUCGUUUCCUCAUUCACUUUGAUGGUUGGGAAGAUGUAUAUGACUAUUGGGCUGAUGCUUCGUCUCCACACCUCCAUCCCAUCAAUUGGUGCCGAGAUAAUGGCAAAGUAUUAACUCCACCAAAAGAAGUAAAAGACACUGCCACUUUCAACUGGACGAAGUAUUUGUCAGAUACUGGAAGUGUUGCUGUCACACCUCGAGCUUUCAAACCGUGUUCACCGAAUGAAUUCAAGGUGGGCAUGAAGAUAGAAGCCGUAGAUCGGCGGAAUCCUCUCCUUAUUCGUGUUGCCACCAUAGUUGACAGAAAUGAUCACAGCAUCAUGAUUCACUUCGAUGGCUGGUCAACCGUCUACGAUUAUUGGGUGGACGAUAAUAGCCCAGACAUACAUCCCAUAAACUGGUGUGCGCAGACGGGACAUCCUCUCGAACCUCCCAUUGUCACCGCUCCAGGCCAGCCUGGGCCUUGUCCUACAGCCGGAUGUUUGGGUCAAGGACAUAUCAAAGGACCAAAGUAUACUACACACCAUAGUGCCUUCGGCUGUCCAUAUUCACAGAUAAACCUAAACAAAUUAGACAGUGCUUGCCAAGACAGAGUUAUUAUAACAAAAGAAUCUCUUAAUGAGUUCACAAAAAAGAUUUCUGAUCAGAGCAGUGCUACAGAUGGUUUGAGGAGGUGUCCUACGCCUGGUUGUAAUGGUGUUGGUCAUGUGAAAGGCAAGUACUCUGUCCACCACAGGGUGUCAGGGUGUCCCUUGGCUGAAAAGAAUGCCCUCAAAGGACAACAGAACAACUCCACCCCUACACAGAAUAACACGUCUCUCUCUUCUACUCCUGUAGCAUCUCCCGCAACUUCCACCACUGAUACAAAGACUCCAGAGUCCAUAAAAACCAGAAAUGGUGUUGGCAGGGGGCGUAAAAAGUUCAAACUUCCAGGUACAGGAUUAAGAGGAAGACCUCCAAAGCAUAUUACAGAGCUUAGGCUGGAAGCAAUGAAAAAAGCUCGAGAAGCCUCUGAAAAGAAAUUGGACAUUGAAGAAAAAGUUCAUGAUUCCGUGUUUAAUAUCCCUUUUACCACACAACCUAAAGAGAUGCCACUGACGUGGGAUCAUAGUACAAAGCUAAUUCCUGGUUUGGGCUCAAUUAAAGGCUCCGCCGUGGAAAAGUGGUCAGUCAAUCAAGUUGCCAAAUUUGUCUCAUCUCUGAAAGGAUGUUUAGAUCAGGGCAAACUUUUUCGGGAACAGUUAGUAGAUGGUGAAGCAUUACUCCAAAUGAAGCAAACUGAUCUGAUUGACAUUUUACACAUGAAGUUGGGACCAGCGUUAAAAGUGUACAGUAGCAUCGUAGCAUUUAGAGAAUCGAUGAAACUCGAAUGAGAGAUUGAAUGUGAUCCAAACUAGUUUGUGCUCAAAUGUAAAUAAGGAAACAAGAGUCCAUAAUUUGCUCAAAUAAACAUUCUUUGUAAAUAAAACGGACAGUAUGCUUA